UACCUUGUUCCAGCCUCACAUCAUCUCCAGCAUCCUCUAACAUGGCUCCUUCAGCAGACAAUAUUAAUUUAGUUGUUUCCAAGAAUAUUAAGCUCGAGAGAAUGUUUAGCAUGAAAGGUGGCAAGGGAGAGGCUAGCUAUGCCAACAACUCCCAAGCUCAGGCUCAACAUGCAAGAUCAAUGCUUCACCUUCUGAGAGAAACCCUAGAUGGAGUCGAAAUAAAUAAAGUUCCCUGCUUUGUGGUGGUGGACUUGGGAUGCUCAUGUGGAAGCAACACUAUAUACAUGAUUGAUGUCAUCGUAAAACACAUGAUCAAGCGCUUUGAGGCCUCCGGCGUGGAGCCGCCGGAGUUCUCGGCUUUCUUCUCCGACCUCCCUUCUAACGACUUCAACACUCUCUUCCAGCUCCUACCUCCUCUGGCGAACCAUGGAGGCAGCAGCAUGGAGGAGUGCCUGGCUUCCGAUGCGCACCGCUCUUACUUUGCCGCCGCGGUUCCAGGUUCUUUUCACCGUCGUCUUUUUCCCUCGGCUUCCGUCGACUUCUUCUACUCGGCUUUCUCUUUGCACUGGCUAUCGCAGGUACCGGAGAGUGUGAUGGACAAGAGAUCAGCGGCAUACAACGAAGGGAAGGUAUUCAUACAGGGCGCCAAAGAGAGCACAGCGGUGGCCUAUAGAAAGCGGUGGCAGUCUGAUUUAAGUGACUUUUUGUCGUCAAGAAAAUGCGAGAUGCGGAGAGGGGGUUCCAUGUUUCUGGUCUGCCUGGGCCGCACCUCCGUGAACCCCACCGACCAAGGUGGGGCCGGCCUUCUUUUCGGGACUCACUUUCAGGACGCUUGGAAUGAUCUUGUUCUUGAGGGCCUGAUUAGUACCGAAAAAAGAGACAGCUUCAACAUUCCAGUGUACGCGCCAAGCCUCCAAGACUUCAAGGAAGUGGUGGAGGCCGAGGGCUCAUUCGCCAUCAACAAGCUGGAAGUAUUCAGAGGAGGAAGCCCCCUCGUCGUAAGCCAACCUGAAGACGCCAAUGAAGUUGGCCGCGCCUUAGCCAACUCUUGCAGGAGUGUCUGUGGUGUACUAGUUGAUGCACACAUUGGUGAGUCCCUUAGCCAUGACCUCUUUUCCCGGGUCCAAAGCCGAGCCACGGCUAGUGCUAAUCAGAUUCUGGAGCAGUUACAGUUCUUUCAUAUAGUGGCUUCGCUUUCUUUUACAUAACUAUAAACAACAUACACUUUUCAGUUUGCUGCUUAAUUGUAAUUGCGUGGUUUAACUCUUACUUAUUGUAAUUGGGUAAAAUAAAGCUUGUUAGAAACCCGUAGAUCGGUUACAUCACUUACUUCCUCUUUAGCUCUUUCUGUGUAAUCGAUCAGUGAUAUCAGUUUAUGUAUCUGAUAUAUAAAUUGAAGAAUCAGUAUCCUCUCCUUCCUUAGAGACA